AUGGGACUGUAUGGCCCAGUUCUGACUCCCCCCGGAGAACCACCAGCCGCAGAGAACCACCUGGGCCCUGACCAACCCCCGCCCCAGACCACCCCCAGCGCCUCCCCACAUCAACCCCCCCAGCCCGCCGCCCAGGCACCCCUCCCACAACCCUGGACAGGCGCCAUCCCGAGCGCCAGAGACCAGGGGAUACCCACCCCACCGGCAGGGGACAACAAGCCCCACCCCAGGCCUCAUAGGCCCCAGGAGGCCCUGCCGCCGACCCUGCCGACAGAGGGGAAGCGGCAGCCGCUGCAGGCCCGGUUGGAGUGGGUGGAGAUCAUCGAGCCGCGUACGCGCGAGCGCAUGUACGCCAACCUGCUGACGGGCGAAUGCGUGUGGGACCCGCCGGCGGGCGUGCGCAUCAAGCGCACGGGCGACAACCAGUGGUGGGAGCUCUUCGACCCCAACACCUCGCGCUUCUACUACUACAACGCCUCUACGCAGCGCACCGUCUGGCACCGCCCGCAAGGCUGCGACAUCAUCCCGCUGGCCAAGUUGCAGACGCUCAAGCAGCACGCCGACGCCGCGGGGGGCGUGGCCAACGACGACGACCGCGACGCCAACGAGGAUGACGACGACGGCCGGGAGGGGAGCGCCUCGUCCUCACUGGACCGAGAAGGAAGCCGUAAUCGGGCCGGGAAAGACCAAACCGAGAGGACGUCCCCGUUCAGGUGGAACACGGGCACCAAGGAGCGCAUGCUGAUCAAGGUGACGGAGCGGGAGCCCGCCUUCCCGGCCCGACAGGGCAACGGCUACUCCCCGUGCGAGCUGCCCGGCGGGGGCGCUCGCGAGACCGCCUCAGAAGGCGACGCCCAAUCGGAGCGGCGGCGCUCCCCUUUCCCUAAGCGCGCGGACCAGCGGCGCCCCUCGGCCGACUCGCAAGCCUCGUCGCCGCGCUACGGCUACGAGCCGCCGCCGCUCUAUGAGGAGCCGCCCUCAGAGUACCAGCCGCCGCCCAUCUACGAGGAGCCGCCCGCCGACCCGUCCUUCUACGGCGGGAAGUCGCCGGCCCGCAAGACCUCGGCGCCCAUCUACCACUCCCCCAAGCAGUCCCCUUACGGCCAGCUGGUCCUGACCCGCCAGAAGUGUCCGGAGAAGACCCAGAGUCUGGAGUACAGCCCCGCGGGGAAGGAGUACGUCAAGCAGCUGGUCUACGUGGAGCAGUCGUCCUCAAGCCCCCGCUUCAAGACGGCCGAGCGCCUGCUGCGCUACGGCACGUCCUCCGGGGGUUCCUAUGGGGGGUCCUACACCCUCCAGCACAGCCAGUCCCUGAUCCGGGACCCCCGCCUGCUGCUGGACUACAGCGGCGAUGGCGGUCAAAGGCUCCUCUACGAGGACUCGGUCUCCUGGUCGUCCGGCCAGACUCACUCUUUGUCCACGUCCCCCGGCGGGAACCGCAAACGCAAGAGCCGCAAGCCCUCGCUGCCUCAGGAGUUGGCCCGCGGCCAAUACGGGGGCACGGCGUCCGAGGCCAUGCUGGCGCAGGCGCGGCUGGCGUGGGAGGCGCAGCGGGUGAUGAAGCAGCGCAGCAGCUGGGACUCGGGGCAAGGCGGCGUCGAAGACGAGGGCGGCCGGGGGUCCAAAGACGGCUACGAGAGCGACGGCGCCGUGCCGCCCCCCUUGCCGGGGCCCGUGGUCAGGGCUUUCAGCGAGGACGAGGCCUUGGCGCAGAGCGACGGCCACCUCUGGAAGAGGAGCACCUUCGAGCGGUUGGGAUUUCCUCAAGCGCUGUUGGAGAAGAGCCUCUCCAUGCAGACUAGCUUAGCCUCUCCGGAGAACUACCUCCACCCCUCGCAGUCGGAGGACCUGGGCGCCUGCGCCCAAUUCGAGGCCAGCCGCAACGCCAGGAAUAUGAUGCCCAGCGCCAGCUGCGGCGUUUUCCCAGAAUUCACCCUGAGGAAACCGUCCUCCGAGACCGACAUCGAGAACUGGGCGUCCAAGCACUUCAACAAACACACGCAGGGUCUGUUCAGGAGGAAGGUGUCCAUCGCCAACAUGCUGGCGUGGAGCAGCGAGCCCAUCAAGAAGCCCAUGAUCGUCACGUCGGACCGCAGCGUCAAGAAGGAGGCGGUGGACAUCUUCAAGCUCAUCCAAACCUACAUGGGGGACCGCCGCACCAAAGCCGACCCCCUCUGCGUAGCCCUGGAGGUGGUGGUUCGCGGAUGGAGCAACCAGGGCCUUCGCGACGAGCUGUACAUCCAGCUGUGCCGUCAGACCACGGAGAACUUCCGCUACGACAGUCUGGAGCGCGGCUGGGAGCUGAUGGCCGUCUGCCUGGCCUUCUUCCCGCCCACGCCGCGCUUCCACAGCUACCUGGAGGGUUACAUCGCCAGACACAUGGACCCCCUCAACGACACCAAGGGAGUGGCUAUUAGCACAUACGCUAAACACUGCUACAGGAAGUUAACCAAGGCGGCGCUAACGGGAGCCAAGAAGGGUCUUCAAAAGCCAUGCCUGGAGGAGAUCCAGCACGCCCGCAACGCCAUCUUCAGCCCCUCCAUGUUCGGCUCUUCUCUGGAGGAGGUCAUGGCUCUGCAGCGGGAGCGCUACCCGGACCACCAGCUCCCCUGGGUCCAAACCCGCCUCUCCGAGGAGGUCCUGGGCCUCAACGGGGACCAGACCGAGGGCAUCUUCAGAGUCCCGGGAGACAUCGACGAGGUCAACGCGCUCAAGCUCCAGGUGGACCAGUGGAAGAUCCCCACCGGGUUGGAAGAUCCGCACAUUCCGGCGUCGCUGCUGAAGUUUUGGUACCGAGAGCUGGAGGAGCCGCUGAUCCCGCACGAGUUCUACGACGAGUGCGUGAAGAACUACGACAACGCCGAGGCCGCCGUCCAAGUGGUGCUGGGACUGCCGCACAUCAACAAAUUGGUGCUAUGCUACCUCAUACGAUUCCUGCAGGUGUUUGCGCAGCCGGCUAACGUGUCGGUGACCAAGAUGGACGUGAGCAACCUGGCCAUGGUGAUGGCGCCCAACUGCCUGCGCUGCCAGUCGGACGAGCCGCGCGUCAUCUUCGAGAACACGCGCAAGGAGAUGUCCUUCAUCCGCCUCCUCAUCCACACGCUGGACACCAGCUUCAUGGACGCCGUACUAUAG